CCUCCACAGCGCUCCAUGAUCUUCUUAGGUGCACAAGGACAUGGCCCUUAUCAGGAUUGUUCCCAGCUUCACCUGUCAUUCUCAAAGCCAUCUGCCCAGGUUUCUGCUAAGAGUAGUGGGGGUGAGGGCUCUGAAGAAAAACCAUGGCUCUUGUAUCUGCUAACAGCACAGCUGCUCUGAACAGUUCUGACACUCGCACAGCAGGCUGCCUCCUCACUGGCAUCCCUGGUCUGGAGCACCUACACAUCUGGCUCUCCAUCCCCUUCUGCACCAUGUAUGUAGUUGCCAUGACAGGCAAUGGCAUUUUAAUUUGUGUCAUCCUGUCCCAGCCAAGCCUGAAUGAGCCCAUGUAUAUCUUCCUGUCCAUGUUGGCCAGUGCCGACAUCUUGCUCUCCACUUCCACAAUGCCCAAAGCACUGGCCAACUUCUGGCUGGGUUCUAGCCACAUUUCCUUUGAUGGCUGCCUUACCCAAAUGUUCUUCAUCCACUUCCUCUUCGUGGCUGACUCAGCAAUCCUGCUGGCCAUGGCCUUUGACCGCUAUGUGGCCAUCUGCCUCCCACUGCGAUAUGCCACCAUCCUCACGAGCACGGUCAUUGGGAAGAUCACGGCUGCCACCCUGACCCGCAGCUUCACCAUCAUGUUUCCGCUCGUCUUUCUCCUCAAGCGCCUGCACUACUGCCGGAUCAACAUCAUUGCACACACGUUCUGUGAGCACAUGGGCAUCGCCCACCUGUCCUGUUCCAAUAUCUCCAUCAAUGUCUGGUAUGGACUGGCAGCUGCUCUGCUCUCCACAGGCCUGGACAUCAUCCUUAUCGCUGUUUCCUACAUUCACAUCCUCCAAGCUGUCUUCCGCCUCCCCUCUCAAAACGCCCGGUCCAAGGCCCUGAGCACAUGUGGCUCCCACGUCUGUGUCAUCCUGCUCUUCUACAUCCCUGCCCUCUUUUCUGUCUUUGCCUACAGGUUUGGUGGGAGACGCAUCCCACGCUAUGUCCACAUCCUACUGGCCAAUCUCUAUGUGGUCAUCCCACCUAUGCUCAAUCCCAUUAUUUACGGAGUGAGGACCAAGCAGAUUUUGGAAGGGGCUAAACAGAUGUUUUCAAACCUUGUCAAGGAAACUAAGUAAAUGCUCCGAACUCGAUCUCAGCUUAAUCCCUUUCUGUAUGUAUCAAUUAUCCAAUAUUCACCCUAUCCUCACCUCUACAUCUUCCAAUUAUCCACAUUAUUCACAUCUAUGUCCCAAUUUAUUUAAAUACAUGCUGUACUCAAAUCCAUGUUUGAUUUUUUUUCUCAGAAAUCUGCAGGAAUACUCACUCCACUUUCUUAUAUUAUUUGAAUACCUUCUGAUACUCCACCAUUUCAAGAAAAAGUAAAUAGGGGAAAUGUGAUAACUUAUCUGAAAUCUACCAUCCAAAUAGGACUUUUCUCAGCAUCCACUUGCAUUUUCUCCAUAAUAUAUACAUGGGAACUAUAUGCUUAUAUAUAUAAUAUGCAUAAUAUAUGAUAUAUAUCUUAUAAUGGUCUUGGCAUAUAAUAAAUGCUUUACAAAUGAUAGCUUUAUUUGUAUUGUUCUAAUUAUUAUUAAUUAGUAGCUCAUCCAACUCUAUUUAUAGCUCAUCACCUCAAAACUAAUAAAA